CGGCGGAGGGGAGGGAGAGGCAGAGAGAAGUCAGAUUUUGAUUGUUCCGGCGGCGUGGACGGUGGAUGUUGCGUUUAUUUCGUCUGGCAUGAAAGCUGUGUGAGACCGAUUGUCACGAACGUCAAGUCGCGAGGAUAACGCAGCGAACAUGUUGGUGCUAUUCGAGACGUCGGCGGGUUUCGCGAUAUUCAAGGUGCUGGACGAGAACAGAAUCGUCCAGUCGGAUGAUCUUUUCAAGGACUUUGAGACCCCCGAAGCCGCCAGUAGAUUAAUUAAGCUGAAGUACUUUCACAAGUUCGAGGACACGAACGAGGCGCUGGCCGCCACUAGGGCGCUCGCGGAGGGCAAGCUGUCCAAGUCCCUGAAGAAAACGCUGAAGAGCAGCUGCACCGAGGCGCGCGAGCAGCUGGCGGUCGCCGAUGCCAGGCUCGGCAGCGCCAUCCGGGACAAGCUGCAGCUGUCCUGCAUAAGCAACACGGCGGUGCAGGAGCUGAUGAGAUGCAUCAGAAGCCAGAUGGACAGUCUGAUCAGCGACGUCACCAAGGGCGAGAUGGGACGCAUGACGCUGGGCCUGGCGCACAGUUACUCCCGGUACAAGAUGAAGUUCUCGCCCGACAAGAUCGACACCAUGGUGAUACAGGCGGUGUGCCUGCUGGACGAUCUCGACAAGGAGAUCAACAACUACAUAAUGCGGGCGCGCGAGUGGUACGGCUGGCACUUCCCCGAGCUCGGCAAGAUCGUGUCCGACAAUAUUCAGUACAUACGAACGAUGCUGAUAAUCGGCCAGCGGGAGAACGCCGUCAAGUGCGAUCUGUCCGACAUUCUCACGGAGGACGUCGAGGAGAGGGUGAAGGAGGCCGCGGAGACGUCGAUGGGCUCGGAGGUCUCGGAGUACGACGCCGAGCACAUGCAGGGCCUGUGCAUCCAGGUGAUCGAGCUCAGCCAGUAUCGGACCCAUCUGUGCGCCUACCUGCAGGCCCGGAUGAUGGCGGUGGCGCCCAACCUGACGGUCCUCGUCGGCGAUCUGAUCGCCGCGCGUCUGAUAUCCAAGGCCGGCUCGAUGACCAAUCUCGCCAAGCACCCGGCGUCCACUCUGCAGAUCCUCGGCGCGGAGAAGGCGCUGUUCCGUGCGCUCAAAACGAAGAAGAACACGCCCAAGUACGGCUUGAUCUACCACUCGCAGCUCGUCGGACAGUCCUCGAAUAAGAACAAGGGCAAGAUGUCCAGGAUGCUGGCGGCGAAAGCCGCUCUGGCGACGAGGUUCGACGCGCUGGGGGAUUCCUCGAGCACGAACCACGACCUCGGCACGGAGCACAGAGUGAAGCUCGAGGCGCGACUGAAGCUGCUCGAGGCGGGGAAUGUGCGCCGGAUAAGCGGCACCGCCAGGGCGAAAGCCAAAUUCGAGAAGUAUCACAGCAAGAACGAAUAUAUGCAGUACUCUGCAUCCGUGGACUCGACACUGCCGCUUCAGAAGAGGCCGUUAAUCGAGGAGAUCGAAACGAAAGAGGAGGAAGUUCCUAAGAAGAAAAAGAAACAUAGCACGAACCACGAACUAGCUACAAUCAAGGAGGAGGAAGCGGGAGAGCCGGCUGCUGUGCCGAAGAGAAAGAAGAAACAUAGUCUAGACGCCACUGAACAGGGAGAAUCUUCCGGUGCACAGGUGGACACGGAAGCAGUCAUUCCGAAGAAAAAGAAGAAACACAGCAUAGAAAUCAAGACAGAAGACGCAGCGGAAGCUGGUCCUUCUCGGGUGCAAGUUAAAACGGAGAUUAAAACGGAGCUGGAUGUUGAACCGAAGAAAAAGAAGAAACACAGCGUGGAACCAGAAAAUACGGAGGAGCUAAAUAUCUCGUUGAAAAAGAAGAAGAAACAUCUCGUAGAGCCUAAAACAGAAGAUAUGGGGGAGGCCUCUGGCAUGCAAGAAGCGCAAGCUGAAGCAGAUUCGGAUCAAGUAUCGAAGAAAAAGAAGAAGAAGAAAAAGGAAUCAGUUGAAAUUGAGGCGGUAUCUGUGAAAGUUGAGGAAACGUUUGAGGCGGAUGUUUCAGAAUCUGGAACGAGUGAAGAGCAAAAGAAGAAAAAGAAGAAGAAAAAGGACAAGGAGAGCGAGGAGACGCAACAAAUGUCAGUGUCCACUGAAGAGGUGGAGGAACCAGUUUCGAGCGAGAAAAAGAAGAAGAAAAAGAAAUCAAAGCAAGAUUAGACUUGUAUAGGAUGCGCAAAAAGAGAUAGGAUAAAAUAUAAGUUUCUUAUUAAACUUCUACGUAAAUAUAAAUAGAUAUAAAUAAUAUUUUUUUUAAUUAAAUACGAAAGACAAAUGGCUACAGUAAGCAAGCUAGAUAAAUCUGAGGUUUAUUAUUGAAGUAUUUUUUUCCUCAGAAUUUUGUUUUAAUUAAAAAUUAAAAUCGUUUGAUAAUGUUGCGAAUGAGAUACUUUUAAACAAGAAGAUGGCUUUACCGGAGUAUCGAUUAUUAUUAUAUAUUAAAGGAUUCGAUGUGUAAAAUAUAUUGUAUAGUUUUCGUAAAUAAAUUUAUCCAUGAUUUACUUUUUUAGAAAAUUCAAGAGAUUUCCCAGGUACCAGUUUUUGUAAUGCACGCAAAAUAUUCCUAAAGUCAAUAAGAAAUUAGUCGGUUUUUUACUUUAUUCUACUUGCAGAGAGAUUAUAUUAAUUUUUAUACAAGGUAUAGUAGUUAAAACCGUAACAUUUUUAUAACAGAAUCACUUUAUUUAACCCAUAAUACGCGAAUACAUUUGUUAAAGUUUACUAAAUAUUUUAUUCUAACACUGAUUCAUUUGACUUGCAGGCAGUACAUAAUAGCCGAAUUUUCGAAAGUAUAAUUAAGUUUGCAUAAAGUAUAUAUAUAUAUAUUAAUAAUUUGUCACGAAUGUAUAUCUUUCCAAAGAAAUAUAAACUACAAUUAAUAUUGUACAAAUAUAAUAAUAUACGAUAAGAUUCGCUUGAUUUUGUCGUCAUAUUUUGUCGUUAUAUCUUGUCGUUCAUGAUAGAUACAAAACUGAGCUGUUAAAUAUCUUAAUUACAGUACGCAUCUCCUUUGCAAAAAUGAGACAUUUCAUAAUUAUCGUAAAUAGCAGGAUGCAGGUAUUUGGAUGGAUUAUUUUAAUAGCGACGACUUGCAAAAAUAAUAGAGUUAAGAUACGAUAAAAGAUCUGGUAUAAAACCAUUGCACGCAAUUAAGACCGUAAAUCGAUAGCCGAUUACAUAUUGGAUAUUAGCGCAUGACUUGCCGAAAGUAAAUAUAUCAUUAUAUAUGUAUAUUUUUAUACAUUCAUAUAAGUAUCAAUAUUUUUUUUUUUAAUCUUGAUGUAUGUGUGACAGCAGAUAUUGCAUCUACAAUAGUACAUCAUAGAUUUAAUGAUUAAAUCAUUAAAGUUAAUUUCCACGUUUAUAGACCUCCACAAUGCAUACUUUCUAGACUUUUAAACAUUUUUUGUCCAGAGAGUAUAUAUUUUUCAAAAAAGAAACUCAAAACACUAUAUAUUUGUCAAAAACAUUUAAAUUAUUCACGCACGUUGAGAGCAUAAACGAUAUCAUUUCUAUAAACACAUAUCAGCACAAUAAAUGGUUAUUAAUUUAUAGUAUAGAAGCAGUAUUAUAUGCAUGUAAGCGAAAAAAUUUUAUUUUUACUUAUUUUACUUUUAAAAUUUGCUCGUUUUGGAAAAAUAGAAAUGUUAUUUUUAUAAAAAUGUUAUAUGUACAUUUAUAUUUAUAAAGAAAAUGCCAGUGUCGAGCGAAAAAGUUAACGAGUAUUGACUAAAUUUGACUAGCAGACUUUGAUCUAUACACAUCAUUUGUCGUCUCAUCUCCUUUUUUUUUUGUCUUAUUUUAAUAUGCAACAGAAGACAGCAAUGACAUUUUUACUUUCUAAAUAACGACUUAUGAUUUCAAUAUCUUACAUAAUUUGUUUCUAUCUUGAUAGUAUUUUCUUUCGUUACAUCUAAUAGAACUGAUAUCGUUUACAGUCGUAUAUGCAUGUGCAUAUCUUUUUGAAUUCCACUGUGGAAAACGAAAUAUUUCUUCAUUUCAAUUCAAUUACACAUCACGAAUUAUCGAACGAUGUUGCAUAGAAACUGCGAGAAAACACAC